AUGGCCGCCGACGUAUUAUCACCGCGAAGCGAGCCUGGCUCUGCAGGCACCCUCGGCGUGAACCGCACCUCGCUACCCCCGCUCGUCACUUCCCCGCCCUCCAAAGCGAGACUGGAUCGAGCCAGCUCCUACAUCAACAAGCGGCUAUCGACCUUUUCCAACACAUCCACCACGCAACAAACACGCCCGUCACGGCCUCAGUCGCUCGCCUUCCCCAUUUUCCACUCGAGCCUGCCGUACUCGCUAGUGCGGGACUUCGCUUACGAUCCACUUCACCCUCUCUUCUACGGCCCUCUACCAGAGCAGCCCUCGAACAUAUCAACACCAGCAAGUGAAGUGGGGAGGAGACUGUCAGACCCGCCUCCGGUCCCAUGGCGCAGUGACCGAGGUUGGUCCGCCGCGGCAAACGACGAAAACGGGGAACAACUACCGCAAACCUCAUAUGACGGCGGACCGCCAUACAGCGAAGACGAAGACAUCUCAAGUCCUGUCGUCACCAGCCACCACGGCGCACGACACAAGAAGCACAAGUCCAACAUUGUCAACUUUGACCAGACACGGGGGCGAAGAGGAUACCCAGAAGAGCAUCGACGAGGCCCAUUGGUGCCCGCCAAUGGUGAGGGCAGCCAGGCCGUUCAUGGCAACGAGGCCAACUCGCCUGCCAACGGCUCUAGCAGCGAAUACAUUACCUACCCGCCUGGAUCGUCGCGGCUAGGAGUACCGGAAGGAGCUUCACGGCGUGAUUCGCACUUUGCCACCACCCUUCCCCCGCGCACAUAUGCAGACGCACAGGGUCAACCAUACGAGUCCGACGAAGAGAUGUCCGAGCCUGAGGACUAUAUCCAUGACGACAACCGCUUCUCACGCGACUACCAAUUCACCAUUGCAUCGCCUGACGAGGAGAUGCAUGGCAAAGCGGUUGCGCUCUUCGACUUUGCGCGAGAAAACGACAACGAAUUGCCCCUUGUUGAGGGGCAAGUGAUACUAGUCUCCUACCGCCAUGGCCAAGGCUGGCUGGUCGCGCAGGAUCCUAAAACGGGCGAGAGUGGACUAGUGCCAGAGGAGUAUGUGCGCCUACUCCGCGACAUCGAAGGCGGUUGGAACGGGCUUAUGAACGGUACCAUCAGACCACAGCUACAGGAAGCAAGCAACGAUGGACCUGAAGGUCUGCUCAGUCCUGUAUCAACAGGACCAGAAGCUAAGACGCCUACUCAGGCUGAUCACCCGCUCAACUACCUGCCGGUCAUCUCGACCUUUUCUACCAGCCACAAAGAUCUUGAGCCGUACCCCAAGGAUCGACUGGGCACACCGACGAAUCCCGAGGGUGGAAGUUUUGGGAAGGGCAAGGAGAGCGGUGCAAUGGAAGGCGUCGAAUCUACUCCGGAGCCACAGUCCCAGCAACAGCAACAGACCUCAUGA